AUGAACACUCAGAGAUUUAAAGAAAUUAUGUGGGGUAAGGAGAUGAAAAUUUAAAAAUUUUUCUUCCUGUAUUAUUUUUUUUCUAUUUUAACAUUUCACUGUUAAACACUGUCACAGCACAGUUAAAGUCUGGAGAUAGUCAUUAAACAGACAAACAGAUUUUUUUAGGAGAAUAUCUAAACCUAUGAAAUAAAAUCUGCAAAUAUUACACAAAGAAUGAAAUAUGACACAGGCAGAAAAAAGUAGUAAAAUUAAUUAUCAACGUUUGGAUUUCUCUUUAUUAUGUUUUAAAAAUUAAGAGUUGGGAAUAAAAUAAAACACCCCCUAAAAAUAUAUAAUAAAAAAUAAUUAAAGUUCAUGUGAUAUUGACAAACAUACUGAAGAUGUUCAUUAAAUAGUGGAUAGUUUUGAAUGUAUAUUUUAAUGUCUUAAUUCCUGCCCAGUUCGUUUUGAGCAGCUUUAGAGGCUUGAUACUACUCUGUCACUGUUAUUACUUCCGAUAGUCGCAAUAGGAUUGAAUAAGGAUUUAUAAAUAGAUCCUAUGAUAAAGUCCUCUUACUUGUUUUUGGCAGGACUUUGAACAGCAGCUAAAAGUGUCCAUCAGACUGUAAAACUUCCAUUGUGGAGCUCGUUAUAUUCGAAAAUUCAUCACCAUAUAUAAUUCUCGAUAAAGUAUAUUUUAAAGCAUGUUUUAAGACUCAGCUAUGACUCGUGAGAUUAAAUAAGUACUUCCAUUGCUUUUGGUGAAGAUGUAUCCACAGCUACGUAACCCCGGUACCUCGGGUUCAGUCGGAUUUUCUAGGAUGAUGUGACUCUCUCGCUUGGUAUCAUGUAAUUCCAGGAGAACCGUCUCUUGUAUUUGACUGAGGAGUCACAGAAAUCUGAUCCAGGAUCUGUGUCUGCAGACGCUCGCCGCCGCCGCUGCUGCUGAGUGGUAAACAAAGGGCGCGCAAAUCUCCAAGCUUUAGCGCGAGAGUGCCGCACAGGCACCUGCUGCAGCGCUCCCAUUGGGCGUUUUACCUGUCAAUCACUUUUUACCCCGCCUUUUGAGUGUUACUAUUGGCUAAUCCCUGUGCCUCUUCAGCUAUCGUUAACGCCAUUGGCCACCGCAGCCGUUUCAUGCCAGCUUUGGGGCGGAAAGUUCCCGUCGUAUUGAGAAGGCGGGUGUAGCGUUCAGUUGUAGAUUUUCAUUGGAGUUAUGUCUUUUUGAUGCUUGACUGAAAACCGUCCUCUCGUUUGUGGUUGGUUUUCCUAGCAGGAAGCCCGUCUCCGCGUCUGAAGCCGCCGCCUUGCCCUCCUCACUGCUCUGCUGUGUCUAUUUUAUUCUCACCGUGAGUGCGGCUCCGUAGAGAGAGAGCGGUGCAAUGAUAAAAGCCGCAUAUGCGGUAGGCUACACACCUAUUAGGCAGGAAAAUACCAAAGAAACAACCCCACUCCGUCUCUCUUCGCACCACAGCCUUACACACCAACAAGAGCGGAACCUUAAGGUGAGAGAUUUAAUUGCCUUUACUCUAAUCCAACUCGUAAAUAGCCGGUGUAAUAUCCUGAACGUAUCAUAUUUCAGUGUAGCAGGCUAACCUCGCUAGGUUUGACUAGUUACGGUGGAGAAUGAAACGCUGUUGUGACCAGUCUUUUAUUUUGGUUUUUAAAUUUAUAUUCGCCUGAAAAGAGAGGCUUACAUCGAGACAGACUAAAGGGAAAAUUGUGGGUUUGUAGUAUUUGUAUUAUAAGGGAUUUCCAACCAUUUAAUAAUAGAGUCCAGGCCUUUCUGUGAUCUGUAUUUUAUUCUAAUAAGAGUAAAUUUGUCCCUUGUAAGGACGGCUUAGUUUCAUGGCUGCCAAAUGCAUGAGUCAAUCUAAAGGCUGGGGCCCAUGUGAUUGUUCAUGUCUUAUGUUCAAGGUGUGGUUGCCCUCACCAGUUUAGUGCUGGAGCCACAGCACCCUAAAAAUGCAGGUAAUUUCUAAAGGGCCCACGGUGCAGCUGGAACACUGAUCUGUAACUAAUUAUCACAGCCAGUGGCUUCAUAAUGUCACCCCCUCCUCCUCACUGUCCGCUCAAGUGCGCAGAUGCCACAAUAUCAUCACCGAUGCAAUGCCACUUCGCAUGAAAGCUGAGGAAAAAAGGCGUCUCCACUUCUGCUUCCCCCUACCACCACCCGUUUAUCACACGCACAAUCACGCAUCCACAUUAAUUACACACACACACACACACAGUGGAGUGUACCCCCCGCAGUGAGUGACCUCAGUUAAAACUCAGGGUGCAUUGUCUGCUCAGUGUUCAGGGUGUUGCUAUGGAGGAGAGCAGAGGCAGGUUUUGGCAACUCCAGCUGCUGCAGGACGAGUUUGAUGGUCAGUCCAGAGGGUGUACUGCGCCAACCUGUGAGGUCCCUGUCUUCUUUGUGUGUGAAGACUUUGCUUUAGUGGCAUCAUUAGCAUCGAUGGAAACCAGCAGCAGCAUCACACACUGCAGCUAUUGUGUCAGUGUUUUCAGUCUCUCUCUGUGAUCACUGUUUUAGGUGAUUUCAAAAUGUGGGUGUGUUGCAAGAAGGAUCAAAUGCUCAUGAGAAAGAUAGUUGGUAAAGGAAAAUGGUUUAUGGUGGAUCAGAUGUUUUACCAGUGCCAGUCUUUAGAGGUUAUAUCUCUAGACAGUGGUACUGUUUCUCUAAGGACUGUAAUUCAUAUUUUAAGGAGAAGGCUGCCUGAGUUCUAUAUUUAUCUAACCUGUACACCCAAAAAAAGACCAAACUAAUGAAUACUGAUUUUUAUGUUUUAAAUGUCAUCUGUACAGCCAAGACAUUAUGAAUACUCCUUGUCCUUGUGUCAUGAAUCCAUAGUAUGACCUGAACAUCCCACUGAACAAUAGACGGCUAUUAGACAUCUAGUUAUUUUUUAGACCUAAUUUCAACCGUCUAGAUUCUGUGUAUCUGUAGACGGAAUUUGCACUUUAACCCGCUAUUCGAUAACUAUUUCUUUCAAACCAAAAUAAUUAUGAUAGACGUUGAGCAAUAUACUGGUAGAUCUCUGUUAGCUGGCUAGUCUAAACUCGGUCUAAAUUUAGACGUCUAAAAACUUUUAUUUUUCGACCUGUAUUAGCCUGAUUUUAGACCAGUCGUCUAGGGUACAUUUAGACGUCUAUUAGACCUCUUUUAGACCAAAACAUGCUCAGUGGGAUCCUUUAUUCGAAUCUCUAAUUUGCUGCUAAUGCUCCUAAACCGAUGAAGGUUUUACUUUAGAGGUAGUAUUGUGAGCUAAAAACGACACUCUUGGUAAAGAUGUCUGUAGGCCAUGGAGCUGAGUGCCAGACAGGGAAGAGAAGUCUGAGAGAUCUGAAAGACAGACAAUACUGGUUUUGGUCUUUUCAUUUGUUGACAAUACACAAAAUAGUGACAACACCAACCUAUUAAUAACAGAUGCACAGCUGUUUUCUGCCACCAAGGGAUCACAUAGUUUCCAUACUGAGUGGCUGGGUGGUGGCAGCUCUUUUGUCAUCAUGUCAGCUCCACACCCAGAGUCUUAUUGGAGUAACAGGUAUGGUUAAGGCAGGGUUGGGGACUAGGUCCUGUCGUGAACAGACAGAGCAGAAAAAAACUGAGACGGCAGGAAUCAGGCCAGAUGACAUACCUGCUGAGGCAUGGAGACGCCUAACAGUUAACACACACACUAACCACACAGGUAAUAGCCUUACCUGUCUGAUCAGAGUUGACUUUGCUCAAAUGACAGUGCGUUUUAUCGCUGUCCUAGAAAAAUAAAACAGGAUACAGAAACUCAGGAGUCAUUUGGUUUUGUUUUAAUAAUGAUACUCCAAGACUGAGUGCUUUUUGAUACCAAAAAGAAAAAUGAGAGAUUUUGAAAUCAAUCAUUCACUUAUGUGGCUAAAAUGUUAUCAGUCAAUUCUAUUAAGACAGUGAACUGCUUGACUAUCAGUGAACUCAGGCUAACAUUAAAUGAGCUAAUAAUGUUUAAGCUGCAGCUAAUAGUUUCAGAAUUGAUUCACCUCUUUUCUCAAGUGUUUGGUCUGCAGCCAGUCAACAUCUUGAUCCCUCAUUUGUCUCUCUUAAAUCCAAACUGUUUCUGUGUGCUGUAACAGACAAUAAGGGAAAGACAAUACAUUAAAACAAGUUUUUACACCUUUCAGUCAAACAACUCGAGUGUUUCAUAAACCUAACCUAACCCCAGUCUGACUCAUGCUGCGGAGCGCUGAGGUUAAACCUUAGUUCUCCAGGGCAAUAUGCAAGAAAUCUAAAAAAAACCAUCAACCCUUUAAGAUUUUUAGAUUGUUCCUGUUUGGUUGAAGUAAUGUCAGAUAUGUCCACUCAGCAUUUAGGAUUUCUUACCCAAAGAAACUGUCGUCAGCAUUUUUAACACUUCUUGUGUGAUGUAGGGAUUUGUACGUUUUUAUAAAUCCUUGGAUUUUAGGUUAAGGCUCAUGACAAAUUUGUGCCUUUUUUACAUUUUAACAACUGAAACAGGUUUAACUUUACUAUUUUUAAAUAAUCAAAUUUAACCAUCAAAUUCUCGCUGAUGUGUCUCAACCAAGCCCUAACAGAGCAGCGAGCCAUCCCGUCUGAAACAGUGUCAGUCUUGGUUGCCUCAAUGAGAAGUUGAAGUAUCUCCUCCACUGAGAGAACUUUUCCCGCUUCUGCACGUUAAUUCUGAGAUGUCAGAGCGAAUCUCACACAUCCUGCUGGAGUUACUACGACUGCUCUGACUGGAGAUGCUCUUCAUGUUGUAGAGUAGUAACUACUUUGAAGCCUCUGUCACCUCAUCUUUCACAGGAUUCUGACUCUUGUGUUUUGGCCGCUCUUGAUCUCAGUGAGUCCUACGGCCUGUAGUCGAAGGAUUCUGUAUUUCCUCUCAGUUCACUCGAGAUUCAGUCCAUGCCAAUCCUUCCUUCUCCAUGCUUUUCUUCCCUUGUUUCCUCUUCCCUCCCUCCACUUCUAACUGUCAUGACCGUUUAUUUUGAUGCGUCUCACUGUCCUCUCCACCCUUCCACCCACCGAUCUCCCUGUCAUUCUUCCUCCUUUUCUUCUCCUUCAUUUGCUCUGUCUUUCAAUUAGGCCAUCCCUGACCCAAUCUUAGCCUGCAUGCUUCUCGCGUGCAGCCACUUCUUUUCCUUUUCUUUUCUUUUUUUGUGUGUGUGUGUGUGUGUGUGUGUGUGUGUGUGUGUGUGUGUGUGUGUGUGUGUGUGUGUGUGUGUGUGUGUGUGUGUGUGUGUGUGUGUGUAUCUUGAAACAGAACCACAUCAAUGUCACUGUCAACCCCUCCUUCACAUCAUCUUCAGCACUCUAGUUCAAGAGAAGCUCACGUCUCCUUCUUUUUGUCUCCUGUUCUUUUCUCUCUCAGUGCUAGAAGAACCAUGACUAAGCCACUGGGGGGCAGUGCCAAUGAUGUCACCCGCUUCCUAUCAUCAGGGGCGGGGCCAGGACCCGGGUCUCCCACUUCUAACUCUGUGUUCUCCGCCGCCAGCCAGGCUGACUGGGCGGCAAAGCGGCUGGUGUGGGUGCCGUCAGAGAAGCACGGCUUUGAGGUGAGCAGGAAUUGUUAAACGUUACCAUCAGGUGAUCAAAAACACACAAAUAAGUGAACGUUAAAAGCGUACACAUAGUGAAUAUCAUGACUCAAUCCAAUAAAUGUUAAAACUGUUUUCCCAUCCCAGUUCCCUCAUUAUCUCCAUAUUAGUCCUCUGGUAAAUAAUUAGCCCCUUUAACUUGAAGGUGUGUCAAACAGGUAAGGCAGAGCUGCGAAGGGUGUGAGUGGAUCUUUGUAAGAGUUCAGAGUGACACUUUAUAAGGUUCUACUUUUGCACCACUUCCUCAUAUUGCGGUUAUUUUCUUUAAAUAAUCUGAUACAGUGAUCGUAAGGCUCUUUUAAUAAUACUAAUAAGUUCCGCGUUUUUGUUUUCAGUAUAAAUAGAUUCAUAAGUUUUCAUUGGCGCGCAGCACACUGUAGGAUGUGACAUAUGAAUUAGAUGUCCUAUCUCUGAGUCUCUCUCUCUCUGCUGGACUGCUUUCAUAGAGCGCUCUAUGAAUAGAACAAUACCCUCCUUCAGCCUCCUAAUGUUAAAGAGGCCGUUGUAGAGACACUGACUUCAUUUUACACUCAAGAUCAGAGAACAGCAAUUUUGGACAAACACACACAAAUAUUCACACUCACAUUCACAAAACACAGAUUUCUUCUAGUUUAGUAGUCUGAGCAUGUAAAUCAGUAUGUGACUAAUACACUCCCACAUUAUACAAACGCAGACACAAACAUAUUUUGUGUGUCGUGUGUGUCAAGUGGCAGAGAAUGAAGUCGAGCAGAGUUGUGUGACCUGGUAAGACCCAGAGUUCACCACUUCCUGUCCAGCAGCAUGACAAGACAGCUCCCCUCCUCCAUUUUAAGUCAGCAGCUAUUCCUGUCAGCUGUCAGAAACAAUGAAUACUCCGAUUCAAAAGCUUGAAGAGAUUCCUCCUAACAUUUCCACUCACAUAUUUUCACUCUGUACUUUCUGCUUUGUUAAAUGUAGGCUAGCUGGUUACUGUGGAUUUCAAGGAGUAAACAAGAGAUUUUAAGUGUGUCAGAGUAGGGCUGUGAAUCACAAGAGGCAAAGGAAUAUCGUAUUAUUACACUAACUUUGUCACUCAUGAUAGCUGAUUAAAAAUAGCAGUAUAACAAAAACAAACUGUUCAAAUUUGAUGUUCCAAAGCAAAUUUCACAACCAAAUCAAACAUUCUCUUCUUCAUUCAGUAAGAUAAUUUUUUAGUUAAUUCAUGUCAAAUCAGUUUCUUUUUUACUGCAGCAAUCAAAAAGACCACCUAACCAUAUCAUAAAACCUCCCCAAAGAGAUCUACAUAGCUGACAAACUGAGCUUGGAUUACAUGGUUCUACACAGCAAGACUUAGCUGACUGUAAAUGUGUGUACACAGCCGUUCUUUUACAAGUAUUCCCCUAACAAUGUGAAAAAAUAGAUAAAAGUAACAUAACUCAUCUGAAAAUGUUGUACAUAAGCACCCGUGUCAGUCCUAGUUAGUGAUCAGAUUUCUACCAAUUGCAUUUGCUAAUCUCUAAUAAAAAUAUUUUACUUGUUUUUGAAAUAUAACCUUUAUGACUUUGUAAAUAAAGGUUAAAAUUUGUAUCCUUCCUCUCUUUUGUGUUACAUCCUAUAACCUCCAACGAGUUAGAACUCUGUGAAAGGAUUUCCCCGAUAAUAUAAAUCUCCUCUGAAUUUAUGUUCUCCAGUUUCUCUGCUAAACCUCUAUCUUCCUCACUUCCCAGUCGGCCAGCAUCCGUGAAGAGCGCGGCGAUGAGGUGGAGGUUGAGCUCACAGACAGCCAGCGGAAGGUCACCCUGUCCAGGGAGGAGGUGCAGCGGAUGAACCCCCCGCGUUUCAGUAAAGUGGAGGACAUGGCCGACCUCACCUGCCUCAACGAAGCCUCUGUGCUGCACAACCUGAGAGAGAGAUACUACUCCGGUCUGAUCUAUGUGAGUGCACUAAAUAGUAAACAGGAACACUUUCAGCUUAUAGAGACCUCAGUGUACAUAUUUGCACACCAACACAGUACAGUACAUGCAUGUGUUCGCAGUCAGCUCACCCGUCUCUCCUGUGUAACUGAUAGGGGUUGGUAUAAGAGGUGAGGAGUCAGUUUACAGAGUUAUCUGUGAGUGAGUGGUGGCAGUGGGAGGCAUCUCCAGUUUCUCUCAUAGAAAAGAUGUGAGUGGGAUGAAACUGACAGGAAUGGAAGUCGUGACGUCAGUCAGUGAUAAGUGACACAUCCAGGAAGCAUACCUGGUGUUUCAUGCAUGAUUAAGGUUGAAUAAUAAAAAGUAGUUGAGGAUGAAGCUGAGAGGGCAGAUUAUAAAAAUGGGAGAGAGGGGAGCUGGCAGAAAUAGCUGAAAUAGCUUUGAGAGGCGUAUUACAAUCCAAGAUAAGAUAAAAAGGGUUAGCUAUCAUUCAUGACUUUCUCUGCAGUUGGAAUGCAUUGUAACUGCACUGGUGUCUGGGUGUGGAUGGACACUAAAAACACAAAAUAUGACAAACACGCCGCAUUUCCAGGACCACAUUUUGAAUCAAACUAUAAUUCAAACACCAGGGCAUUCGAGUGCUAUCUCUGAUUAUGUGAAUGUUCAGUUCAAGCCUGGUUUAUUUGCAUUACAGUUAGUUAUCAGGGGGAAAUUUGCACACUGGGGCAGUGCACUUUAAAUCACAUGAAGAAGAACUGUACUGAGCGCUUCAUGUCUUUUUGGCUUUGCUGAAGCGAUCACAUAUUCAUAAUGUACUCCAUCUGUAGGGGUCAGGCCCCCACAGAUAGUCAACUAUAAUAAAUGAAGGACAAAACACUCGACUAAACGUGUGAAAACAGUUGUUGAUGAAAAAGGGUUUGAGGAAGUUUGAAUAGAUUUGUCUGAAAUGCUCCUGAAUGUGUAGAAAAUCUUCAUGUGAAUCCCUCUGCUGUGUGUUUUUCAGACAUAUUCAGGACUCUUCUGUGUUGUGGUGAAUCCUUACAAGAACCUGCCCAUCUACACAGAGUCCAUUGUGGAGAUGUACAAGGGUAAAAAACGUCACGAGAUGCCCCCACACAUCUACGCCAUAUCAGAGGCAGCCUAUCGCAGCAUGCUACAAGGUAAUCAACGCUAUCUCUGACCUCUUACCUCACACUGACUUUGACACUACACUAAACCGCACACAUCUGCCAUUAGCUCAGCUGGAACUCGCGUCUGAUCUGUGAUCUUUGCCCACUGAGCCACACCGUGAGGACUGCUGAAGGUGUGGCGUUACGUUCUGAAACGUGGCUGUUAUCAAAAGCCUUUAAAAGUGAAAACAAACAGGCAGGACAGAAGUUUGUGUGGCAGAUUUUUUAGGCGUGGCACUCCUUGUUACAAAUAGUUUCAGUGAUAUAGUGUGUUUGUUGUGGUGAUGAUAGUAACCACAUAUUAAAGUCGUGACUACAACGCAUGGCAGUCAUUUUUUUAAGGUCCUGCCCGUCACGUCGAGUUCAUGAGAUGAGGUAGAGAGAAUUCCCAGCAAUCAUUUAAAAAGCCGUUAAGGCCCGAUUGAGCAAUGUCUCUGCCCCAGGGUGUCGUCAUGAGAUAACAGGAGAGGACAGAUGAGGCUGCGUCAGUGUAUUUGUCACCCCCUCCACCCCCCUCAGGGUUUGUUGUAGGUGUGUUUCCACAGUGAUUUAAACCUGCAGGACCAGUAUGAAUUCUUCCAGACUGAACGUGUGGGAACCUUUGAAGCCAUAUGCAAGUUAUGUUGCAAACAAUGUACAACAGUUGAAAGCCGGUGUUGUGCGGUUUAGCAGCCUACAAAGAGAGAGAGAGAGACCAGUUCAGCUGGUACCCUGCUUCUCUGUACUCUGUAAAUUACUUAGAGGGGGGCUGACAAGCUCACAGAGAGCGGCUGUGAGUCCAGCUGUACACAUAUAUUAUGUUUUAAAACGUGAAGUGUGCCCUUCAUACCUGAAAAGUCGGGUUGGAGACUCAGUGUAAAGUAACACGAGUGAACUGGCGGCCCAGAGCUCUCCCAUGCAGUCUGUUUUUUAAGGACUCAUGUGUCACUGCCAGUGUUUGUUGCCUUUUAAGGAGAGAUGUCAUCAUUGUAGCUGUUUGCUAUUGACUUUAUUUAACCCCAUGUUUAACCAGUUGCUGAAAAUUUUCAUAACGUCUAACCUUCAAGGCCUCUAAUACUGCAACUCUGUGAGGCCUAAAGCUUAGUUUGUCUCGAACAGUUCAUAUACUUCACAAGGAAGAAGUUCAUUGAUCCCCGAGGAGUAUGUUUUAUAGUGUUGGGCAGAUAAAAAAUAAAGAUAAACAUUGUCAAAUAUACUCUGUUGGUUGUAAAUAAAGCUUGAGAGGACCAGGUUGAGCAGAUAGUGAGUCUACCAGUCGUUUCAGACAUCUGUAUUUCCUGUGACAUGAUUAAAAAGUGUUGAGAGAUUCGCCUUCUGUCAUUUGUGCUCAUAUUUGUUUUUCUUCCACAGACAGAGAAGAUCAGUCAAUCCUUUGCACGUGAGUAGCCCUCUGUAGGACGCCAGCGUGUCUGUGAGCGUGUCUGUGAGUGACUGUCAUUUGUCAAGUGGAAAACCAUUUGGAGGUUAUCAGGAGAACGGCUGUCUCUGUUGUCGAGUGUGUGCAUGCUUUCUGUGUCCGCACUUGCGUGUUUUAUAGCUUGCGAGCUCAUUUGCAUGUUAUUUUAAGGUAACAGGUAAAAUCAAAUUCUGUGUCUCUUUUUGUUGGUUGAACAAUCAUUUUAUUAAAAAAAGUGAACACUGUUGGGUAAAAUAAUUAAUUAUCUGUAUCAAUGUCCAUGUUGAUGUGUGUUGUGGGCGAUUAUCAAACACAUUUAAAGAGUCAGAACAGUCAGAUCACAUCCUAACAAUAAAGUCCGCCCCAGAAUGAGACUGCAUCCUCCUGACUCUUUGCACCCAUGCUUGUUUACCCAUCUGCUUGCCUGAGGGUCUGCCAUCCCUCUCUCUGUCAUCUUGUCUUCCUGCCAGACACUUCCUGUCAUUGUCAAGAAUCUUCUUAAAUCAGAGUGUUUGGGACGAGUAUCUGCUUCUUUUAGAUCUUUGCAGCGUCUAUUUUUACUCCAUUCUCCUUCGUUUUUCUCCAAAGACAACAGCACUGACACCGCCAGUAUCCUCCACACCUGCUUUCUGUUUAGAUCUGUGGCUUUGAGCGCUCUGCAUGGGCUCUGAGUUUAUUACUGUGAUGAAUGUGGGGUUGGUCACUUUUUCCUGUGUGUUCCCUCUCAUUAAAGGCUUUUUAUGUACCGUUGACAAUUUCAUCCAUAUGUGUUCAGGAUGGAGUGCGAACAGUGUUGUGUGUUUUUUGUGUCCUUCAGAGGUGAAUCUGGAGCUGGAAAAACAGAGAACACAAAGAAAGUCAUCCAGUAUUUGGCUCAUGUCGCCUCCUCCCAUAAGGGCGGCACACUGGGCAGGAACAAGGAAGCUAUACAGGUAAGAUGCUUUACAGAUACCACAGGCCGCACAAUGAAAAAGCUGCUGGAAGAACAAGAUUGAAGGAGACAAAGACACUUUCUGGUCUUGUAGCAGUACUGAUUUGAUUUCCUCCUAUCCUCUGCACUCGCUGUCUUUAUGAGGUUUCAUGCUUGUACCAUCAACUGUAUCUUCACCUUGGAGCGGGUUAUCUAAGUCCUCUUUUCCUACAUACAAUACCCUCUUUCCUUCCUUCCUUCCUGCCCUUCAUUCUCCUCUUUCUGCUUUGUCCUUCUCCUCUUUUUCCUGCAUGUUAAGAUGGAUGGCUCUCGGUCCUUAACAAGAGGCAGUACUUUGGUGAACAGGGUGAGUUAUCUCUAUCCUGCAUCCCUCUCCUGUGUUUUUUUUUUUCGUCCUGCUCUUUUUCCUGCUUAAUGAACUCCAGACUGAUAACAAACUAACCAAGAGAAUGAUGUUUAACCUGUUAUUGUCAGUAAUGACUCUUCAUAACCUUGUUCACUAUAUUUGAUUUUGCUUCUUUGUAUUUCUUUGUUUGUUUGUUGUUGUUGAUGUUAUUAUUGUCUUAUUUGUGUUUUUUCGUUUGUUUAUCUCAUCCAUAUGUUCACCCAUUCUCUUCCCCAUAACUCCUCAUUGUUUCCCUACAAUUCGUCAGAGUAUGCAAUAUGUGAGUAUCAAAGUAUUUAGACAACUUUGGGUGAAAUCAUGGGGGGGUGAAAGUUUUGUAGUUGAAGAAAAUUUACCAGAGCUGAUGUGAAUCUCCUGUUACAUAAAGAUAUUCACAUGCUCUGUUCAUAGUGCUUUACUUUUUGACAUAUCUGGUCUUGGUCUUUAGCUAUGGGCACAUUUCUUUCUCUCUCUGUAGUCUUAGGGAUGACUUAAUGCCCACUGACUCAUAAAUGCCAAUGGUCUUUAGGUUCUCAUUGAACUUUGAGGCAUUUCUGCUAAGGUCAUCACCUGCUGAAUGAUUGCAUAUGUGGCUGUGGGAGUGGGAGUGGAUGUGUCAGUGUGUUUGCAGCCAUGCGUAUGUGUGUGUGUGUGUGUGUGUGUGUGUGUGUGUGUGUUUGUGUGGCAAGGAAACACACAAUUAGAUACAAGAACCUGUCUGUGUAUGAACAGUACACAAUCAGAAGCACUGACCUUUUGCCCCGUGUGUUUGUGUGUCUGCUUUUGGUGUUGGCGAGCAAGCAUUUCCCAGCAGUUUACAGUAAACCACCUCCUUUAAGUCAGUAACUCAUGCUCACUGGCUGCUGCUGCUGCCGCUGCUACUGCUGCAUCAACAGCUGCUGCACUGGCAAUGCGACAGCCGCAGUCAUACAUUGCAGCAAGCUAGAAUCAGCCUCAAGUGUUAGCAUCCAAGCUGCAGCUUCCCUCUGCCCUUCCUCUUCUGCAAUGGUUCUCCACUGACUCGUGUUAGUUGAUGUCUGGAGAUUGCCUUUUAAUAAUGUAGGAGAUGAAUAAAUUAAAUUGUUGCUCUUCUUAUUGAUUGCCUGACAAAUGAUGUAGAGAGUGAUUUGUUCCUGGGUAAAGGGAUGGUGUGUGUUGGAGAUGCUAUUUAAGGCCCUAAAAUGCACCGUUUUGUGUCAGUGCUUGUCAAAUAUGAGUCAUGUGUUAUUUUGUUUUAUAUAACAGAUCAGUAGAUACUCUAAAGAAGCAGAACAAAAUGGUGCAUUUUAGUGAAAAGGCCCAGUGGAAAUCUUGUUUGUAAGCUGUCAGAUUUACAGGAUGAUACAUGUGAUCUGACUUCUCCCGUCUUCCUCAGGGAGAGCUGGAGAGACAGCUUCUGCAGGCGAACCCCAUACUGGAGGCCUUCGGCAACGCAAAGACGGUCAAGAACGACAACUCCUCAAGAUUUGUAAGAGCAAACCAGACGGAUCAUGGUUAUGUUUGUCACCACCAGAAAACUGUAUCAUUACAGUCAUCUGUGUAAUAAUUAAACAACCUUUUCUUCUACUUUAGGGAAAAUUCAUUCGCAUCAAUUUUGAUGUGGCGGGGUACAUCGUUGGUGCCAACAUUGAGACCUGUAUCCUUUUACAUAUCUCCAGCUUUUAAAGCUGUCCCAGUUAACUGUUUUGUUUACGUCAAGUAUGAAGUCCACUUAUUGUAACCCAUUCAUUGAUUAUGAUGGCAUAAAAGGAGAAUUACUGUCACAUUUGUUUUUUUCUUGAGUGAAAGUGGCAUACACAGAAUUUUUGAAAGUCUAUAUAUCUAAAGUACAUCUUUCUCUCAGUAGGUAAAGAAUAAAUCACAGCAUGUAGAUCAGCUCUUAAGAAUAACUACUCUUGCGUGCACGUGUCCAUGACCAUAUGAAUUCAGACCUCCUUGAAAAGUCCCGGGCCACCCGUCAGGCCAAAGACGAGAGGACUUUCCACAUCUUCUAUCAGCUGCUGUGUGGUGCUACAGAGCAAACAAGAGGUGAGUGAAAGAUAAAUGUAAGCGCAGUAAUGAGAUACUUUGAGGCCACAGUUCAAUAUGUGCAUUUUUUGGUGGUAAUUCAUCAUUCUUUAACAUCUACCUCACUGUCUCACCUUUUGUGCUCCCAUCUUUAGCUGACCUUCUUCUGGGAACUGCUGAUGAGUACCGUUUUCUCAGCGGAGGCUCUAUUCCCGUUCCUGGUCAGAGCGAUUCAGAAAACUUCACUCAGACCAUGGACUCCAUGGCCAUUAUGGGCUUCACCCCUGAGGAGUCACUGUGUAAGAGAGGGAGGACAGAGUAAAGUUCAGUCUGCUUGCUGAGUAAAUGAUCCUUUCCGGACUCUUAAACCAGCUUUCUCCUGUCCUCUCUUACUUCUCUGCAGCGAUGCUGAAGGUGAUCUCCGCCGUGCUCCAGUUUGGGAACAUUUCCUUCAUGAAGGAGAAGAACCACGACCAGGCCUCCAUGCCAGACAACACAGCUGCUCAGAAACUUUGCCAUCUGCUGGGCAUUAAUGUGCUGGAGUUCACCCGGGCCAUCCUCACUCCCAGGAUCAAAGUGGGCCGAGAGUACGUGCAGAAGGCCCAGACGAAGGAGCAGGUAACAUUAAUGUUCCUCCUUGUAGAUGAACAGAAGUGUCCCUUUUGAAGUGUUUCCUAACACUCUGUCCUUUUUAAACAGGCUGACUUUGCUAUCGAGGCCUUAGGGAAGGCCACGUAUGAGCGUCUGUUCAGGUGGCUGGUGCACAGGAUCAACAGAGCUUUGGACCGCAGACAGAGACAGGGCGCUUCCUUCAUCGGCAUCCUUGAUAUCGCUGGAUUUGAAAUCUUCCAGGUAAGUCAUAGAGAAGGACACUGAAACUUGUAGAUUCUGACAGGCUUCACUGAUACUGUAUGUAGGGAUGUGAAUGAUGGUCUAACAUAGAAAUAAGUGCCUGUUCCUCCAUAGGUUGUGUUGUAUAAACUAUUGCUUACCUUCCUGAAUCUCUCCUCUGCAGCUCAACUCCUUUGAGCAGUUGUGUAUCAACUACACCAACGAGAAGCUGCAGCAGCUCUUCAACCACACCAUGUUCAUCCUGGAGCAGGAGGAGUACCAGCGCGAGGGCAUCGAGUGGAACUUCAUCGACUUUGGCCUGGAUUUGCAGCCUUGUAUUGACCUCAUCGAGAGACCAGUAUGAACUCACAAACAGUCCACAUUUCAGAGUUCAUAAUAAGUGAAUGAAAAUACUAAACAUGCAGGCACAAACACACCGCUUUGGUUUCUCUUCAAAUAUAAACUAAUGUUUCCCUUAAAGUGAAAUUUGUUUUGCUUGUCCCUGUCAGACUCACCCACCUGGUGUUCUGGCCCUGCUGGAUGAAGAGUGCUGGUUCCCCCGGGCUACAGACCGCUCAUUUGUGGAGAAGCUCUCUGCCGAGCAAGGCACUCAUCCAAAAUUCUUCCGAUCAAAGCAGCCGCGUGGAGAGGCAGACUUCUCCAUCAUCCACUACGCUGGAAAGGUAUCUCCACGUUUCCUCUUCAUCAUCUUCCAUGGCUGUCAUGUUUCCCAAUUAAAGGAAUAAAGUCAUAAAUCCCCUCUCUGUGCCCUGGGUGAUGUCUCUUAGGUGGACUACAAAGCUGAUGAUUGGCUCGUGAAGAACAUGGAUCCUCUGAACGACAACGUUGCAUCUCUUCUGCACCAGUCAUCUGAUCAUUUUGUGUCUGAACUUUGGAAAGAGGGUGAGACUCCUGUUUCUUCUCUUGGCGUGCACACUUCACCUUUAUUGAUUUCACACCUGUAUAAGUGGAAACAAAAUGAGAGUAAUUUCUGAAACGCUUGUUGUGCCAACCAAUCAAAUACUGAGGUGACCUGGUGCAAACUGUACUGACGGUUUUUCUCUCUCCUCUCUGCUUCUCUAUCACCUCUUUGUUCUUCCAUCUCAUUCUUUCCUGUGUCCUCCUCGCUCCUGCUCCAAUUUCUUCCUGUUCCUUCCUCUCUCCUCUCCGCUAAUUUGGUGCUUGCUUUCCUCACGUUCCUCUCAUCCUUCUCCCUCCCUUCUCCCUGCAUCAGAUAUUCAAACUCUUCCUCGUGUCUACUUCUUUGACUCCUAUGCCACAAUACAGGCCAAUGGCUCUGACAGUAGGUUCCGCUCCUCCUCUGCUUGUCACCGCCUGACUCCGACCUUUGCUUGUUACUCCUUUGUUUCCUGUCUGCCUUGUUUUGUUUGGACCGUGUUUUAGUCUUUGUGUUGAUGUCCGUGCUGUAGUUUUGUAAGUGAGUCCACGACGUGACUGUGCUACUAACCUAGCUGUGUCUGUUCACUCUUUCACAGAGUUUUAGCUUGUAGUGACAGUGCUGUGCUGAGUGUUGUGGCUUUUUUCUUUUUAGAGUAGGCAUUUAAUCGUAGUUUUGAUAGAAAUCCAACAGUCACAACUAACUGAGGAUCACAUAGCUGUUCUCCAUAAUCCCACCAUAAGGAAAACCAACUACAUGCGGACAAAAAUGUGAUCCUGAUUGAGCUCUGGAGAUGCAUCAUAUAUGAAGAAGACUGAAAAAUCUUAAAGGGGUAGUCCGACGUAAAAUUCAUUUAGAGUCAAACACACCGUAACACCGAAUUAGACACCCCCUCGAGAGAUGAAUGUUGCCGAUCGCUUACUUCUCUAGUUAUACCAACUGCUUGUUUGUAGCGAGACCUUAGGCCAGUCCAUUACGGACUGCUGCGGGAUGACGCAGCUCAAGGAAGAACAUUUAUGAUCAUUUCUUUAUCAUUUCCUUGAGCUGCUUCACCCCGCAGCAGUCCAUAAUGGACUGGCCUAAGGUCUCGCCACAAACAAGCAGCUGCUGGAAGAAAGUAGGUGAGUUGUGUUUAGUCUCUUUGCUAAAGAAAUUAGGCAAAGUUAAAAAGAUGUUUGGUGGCUAGGACCCUAUAUGUACUGUUGAUGAAGUUAGGUGCUGUUCUGAGCGUUAUUUGUAGCUAUAGAGUGGCGUUUUGGUUAAGGUUUGUUCUUGGCUCUUCAGACCGCUGUGUAUUGCUAUCCUGUGGUUGUUACUAAAGUUGGUAUAACUGGAGAAGCAAGCGGUCAGCAACAUUCAUCUCUCGAGGGGGUGUCUAACUUGGUGUUUCAGUGUGUUUGACCCUAAAUUAAUUUUACGCCGGAAUAUCCCUUUAACUUAAAAGCCUCAGAAUUAGUCUGAUUUGGUGUUUUUACAUUUCUGAGGUAUGUGCAAAUUUGUCAAAAAUUCCCACGAGUAUAUUAGUCAAAUGAGGGGUUGAAUAGGUUAUCUUGUUCUCAUGUUUCUUCAAAGAACAGCCAGACACACCUGUAGUUAUCCACGUCGAGACUUGUUCAAGAUUCAGCCAGAAAACCUGUUAUUCACCGGCACACAACUAAACAAACACAAAAGCUGAGUGUGCGAUAGAGGCUGGUUUAAGUGAGCUCAUAUGUUUUUUUUUACUUUGACAGUAUAUGAUUGCAUCUCUGAUGAGUUGGAAAUCCAUUGUUUACCAUCUGAUAUCAUCCGUCCAAAGCUUGAUAACAGAUGUGAAAGCAGGCAUGAAAUCCUCCCACAAUGGCAUUAGUGUGGCGUUCACACUGAUAUCCCCACGCUGGUUCAAGUUUGAUAAACCCCCUUUUUUCACCAAUGAGUCAGUACUUGAGGUCUAAUUGUCUUUGUUUGUUUUUUGUGUAGUGGACAGAAUUGUUGGUCUGGACCAAGUGUCUUCUGGGGAGAACAGUGGACCAGUCACAUUUGGGGCUGCAGGUCUGAAGACGAAAAAGGGAAUGUUCAGGACUGUGGGUCAGCUUUACAAAGAGUCUCUCACCAAGCUGAUGGCCACCCUGAGGAACACCAACCCCAACUUCCUGCGCUGCAUCAUCCCCAACCAUGAGAAAAGGGUGAGACAGGGGGCAAAAUUAACUAAACAGCUGAAGGAGAAGGAUGAAAGGUCUGAAUUAAAUGUUCUGUUCUUUUCUGGUCUCUCUCUUAGGCCGGGAAGCUAGCCCCCAAUCUGGUUUUAGACCAGCUGAGGUGUAAUGGGGUUCUGGAGGGGAUCCGUAUCUGCAGACAGGGCUUCCCAAACCGCAUCCCAUUCCAGGAGUUCAGACAGCGGUAUGUGUUUGUGUGUGUGUAACCACCUCUCAAAGCCUCCUGUGCUCCUCUCUCUCUCAUCGACACUGAAUGCUCCUUCUAUCUUUCUGAACUAAUGAGUUUUGUCUAGACAUCCUCAAAUUCACGUCUUUUGCUCAAACAAACAGUAAAAAAGUCACAUUUUUAUUCCAGAUAUGAGAUCCUGACUCCUAACGCCAUCCCUCGCACCUUCAUGGACGGCAAGCAGGCAUCAGAGCUCAUGGUGAGUAACUCUGCAGUAUGUUUUCAGACAUAACAUUCAUCUGAUUGAAAUCUACAUGCACUCUUUGAACCGAAUGCUGCCUGUCCAUCCAGAUCAAAGCCUUGGAACUGGAUCACAACCUCUUCAGGGUGGGUCAGAGUAAAGUCUUCUUCAGAGCCGGGGUCCUCGCUCACCUGGAAGAAGAGCGAGACCUGAAGAUCACCGACACCAUCAUACGUUUCCAGAGCGCUGCCAGAGGCUUCCUCGCACGCAAGUAAGAGUUAACUUAGUUCAGUGAGCAUAAAGAUAUAGAGAUGUUUAUCUAGUUUGAACAGACUACCUCACCUUUGUUUGUUUGUUUGUUUUUCAUACCUUCACACUCAUCUUGUUGCUCAUCUUGACCAUUUCCAUGUUUUUUCUACACAUGAACCACCUUGAUUACACUUUAAAACUAAUCUACUCAAUCAAACUUAGGAAAACAUUUCACUCUGAGGCAGUUUUUUUUUUUUUUGCGCUCUUGAAGCAGCAUCAAUUUUUAAUCUUCUUCCAGUCCCUAUCAGUUGCUGGGGAACUGCCAACACAUUGACAGGUUUUUGGCACAGUGUACUGAAACCGUUAAAAAGCAUAAGUGAUAAAUAGAUUCUCAGUUAUUUGUGUGGCACAUUUCAUACAUCAGGGUAAAGCAAGGUAAUCAAGGUAAUGCGCUAACAUCAAAGAAGAAAACACCAUAAAACAUCUGUAUGAAACGAAGCGUCCUUGAUGAUGUCCUCACUUACACAGAUGCAUUUUCAUUUGAAUUUUUGAUUAACUAUAAAUUAUUUGUCAAAGUAGUUUGUGUGUUAGAUCUGCCUGUUAAUGAGCAGUAUCGGGAAAAAAUGGACAAAAGAGAAGUGGGAAAAAUCCUAGAAACUCAAGUCCUUAUUAUUCAUAACUAAAACAAUUCUGCCAGAGCAAAUAGACACAGGUAUGACUCAUUCUUCGAGGUCACAGUCCAGCUAAUAAUGCCUGCGAUCAACCAUUUGCAUCGAAUGCAGAGUUUUCCGACACACGCUCAUAUAUAUUCUCCCUCUCCUCAGAGCCUUCCUGAAGAAGCAGCAGCAGCUGAGCGCCCUGAGGGUGAUGCAGAGGAACUGUGCUGCCUACCUCAAACUCAGGAACUGGCAGUGGUGGCGGCUGUUUACAAAGGUACCGAACACAAAACUACCGACAAUGCACAUGAAAUAUACAAUAGAUGAUUUCUAAGGUAAUGUGCUGAUAAACAAAACUUAAGUAAGAGUUUAUUUUAUAAAGGUAGGAGAAAAUGACUGAUUCAGUAAAUUAGAGCAUGUUGUAGGGACUUCCUUCGAAAUAACCUCUGACUCUUGUUCUGUCUCUUCUAGGUCAAGCCUCUGCUACAGGUGACCCGGCAAGAUGAGGAGAUCCAGGCCAGAGAGGCCCAGCUCCAGAAGGCCAAAGACAACCUCACCAAAGUGGAGCAGGACUACACAGAGCUGAACCAGAAACAUACUCAGGUAAAAAGAAAAUACAAAACUCUGCUUCAUCCGCCUCUGUUCCCGCACCUGUCUCUCACUCCUCCUCCUCCUCAUCUUCCUCUCUAUCUUUGUCACGGUGUCUAGCUGAUGGAGGAGAAGGCAGUGCUAACAGACCAGCUGCAGGCAGAGGCAGAGCUGUUUGCAGAGGCGGAGGAGAUGAGAGCCAGGUUGGCCUCUCGCAAACAGGAGCUGGAGGAGGUGCUGGGCGAGCUGGAGAGCCGGCUGGAGGAGGAGGAGGAGAGGGGCGUGCAGCUGACCAAUGAGAAGAAAAAGAUGCAGCAGAACAUACAGGUCAGGAGCUGAAGUUACUGUAAAUACAAACUAACGUUCAGUCGUUUAUCAGUCUGGAACAAUACACACACGUCAAUAAAAGCCCCCUCCCCUCACUGCAUACGUCAAAAUGUCCCUACUUUGUCAGGACUUAGAGGAUCAGCUGGAGGAGGAGGAAAGUGCACGACAGCGCCUCCUGCUGGAGAAGGUGACAUUGGAGACGAAAGUGAAGAGUCUAGAAACUGAUCUGAUGAAUGCGGUGGAGCAAAGAGAACGACUCAGCAAGGUGGGCACUGCGAUCAAACUUUACUUUAGAAGUUUGAUAAAACACUUUUCCACAAUUACUGCAGAGAUUGUAACAAUUAAUAAAUAAUGUUGGCUCCUUAUAUGGUCAAAGGGAACAUAUACCUUUUAUGUUUCCUAUGAAUGUCUCUUAGUCUGUGUUGUCUUUUUAUUUUUCUCUGAGCAGGAGAAGAAACAGUUCGAGGAGCGUCUAAAUGAAGUGAAUGACCAGGUCACCGAGGAAGAGGAGAAAACCAAAAGUCUGAACAAACUCAAGAACAAGCAGGAAGCGAUCAUCGCUGACCUGGAAGGUGUGUGCAUAACAGCAAAUGGACCUAACAGGCAACAUACACAUGUGAGAGUGUCUUUGUAGUGAUCAAGCCUUUUGAUUUGGCUUUAAAACGAUGUAUUUCAGUUAAAGUGAAGAUUCUGCUGCGUAAAAACUUAUAUUUGAACAAAGUUUUAGAGUCACAAACGAUUCAAGUGUUUCUGCUGUAACAAUGCUCAGAUAUAUAACCUGAUUCUUCACUGAUUGUACUCAGAGCGUUUGAAGCGUGAGGAGCAGGGUCGCCUGGAACAGGAGAAAUGGAGGAGGAGGAUGGAGAAUGAGUCUGUGGAGGCCCAGGAGCAACUGUCCGAUCUGGGUAUGAUGUCUGCCGAGCUGAGGGGCAGUCUGACGCAGAAAGAGAAGGAAAUUACCAUCCUGCAGGGCCGGUGAGACACAAAUAAUACUGCACAGGCAAAGGAGCAUGUGUGAAGGCUUUACAAAUUUAAUUCAUUCUACAUUUGUUCUUGUUCUUUCUUUGUUUGUGUCAGGUUGGAGGAAGAAGGUGCACGUCGUGCAGAAGCGCAGAGAUCGCUGAGGGAGGCCAUGUCUCAGGUGUCGGAGCUGAAGGAGGAGGUGGAGAAUGAGCGAGGGAUGAGAGAAAGGGCUGAGAAACAGAGGAGGGACCUGGGAGAGGAGCUGGAGGCUUUGAGGACUGAACUGGAGGACACUCUCGAUACCACAGCUGCUCAGCAAGAGCUGCGGUACAGAACAGAAAUUCAAACUCAACCUUUCAGUUCAUUUUCUGUCAUUAGAUGAGAUUUUUUUCACUCAACCCUCAUCUUCUGCUCAGGUCCCGUCGUGAGGCAGAGUUGAACGACCUGCAGCGGGGUGUUGAAGAGGAAACUCGUCGCCAUGAAGCUCAGCUGUCAGAACUCAGAGUCAAACACAGCGCCGCCAUAGACAACCUGCAGGAACAGCUGGACAACAGCAAGAGAGUAAGACAAACUCUCUCACUCAGAAACACUCAGAAUCACGUAAACAUGCGCCGCCACUCAUCCAUGUUCUCUUUCAGGCACGCCAGUCACUAGAGAAGGCCAAGACAAUGCUGGAGGAGGAGAGGCAGAAUCUAACCUCAGAGAUUAAGAGCCUCCAGGGGAAUCGCACCGAGAGCGAGAGAGGACGUAAAAGGGCUGAAAGUCAACUACAGGAGCUCAGCGCCCGAAUGUCUCAGGCGGACAGAGAGAAGGAGGAGAGGGAGGAGCGAAUGCACAAGCUUCAGGUGCGAAUGGGUGUAGACUCACUUCAUUUUUCUUGAUCUCUGAUUAUUUCUCUUCAUGAACUUUAGAAAAUCUAAGCUUUGUGCCUCAGCCUCUGAUAAACUGACCUUAAUUUGUCUUUUUCCAGUGCGAGCUUGAAUCCAUCUCCGGCAGUCUAUCCUCCUCUGACACCAAAUCCCUCCGACUCUCAAAAGAGGUCAACAGCUUGGAGAGUCAGCUGAAUGAUGCAAAGGUAACAAAAUACAACAACCACAGACACAAUAAACACUUUCUCUGAUAACUGAGAGAGGAAGAUGAAGGAAGAUCACUCUUGAAUUAUGUAAUGUAAAGGAGUUAGCUCAUGGACUGUCUUGUGGCACUGGUUGACACUCCUCUUACGUUUUCUCGUCUCCCAGGAGCAACUGCAGGAUGAGACUCGUCAAAAGAUGGCUCUGAGCACGAGGGUGCGAGCGCUGGAGGAGGAGAAGAACGGACUGAUGGAAAGACUGGAGGAAGAGGAGGAGAGAGCCAAAGAGCUGACUCGGCAGAUUCAGACUCAUACCCAGCAGGUAAAUUUAGCAGGUCAUCCAGGUUUUAAUGUGACUGUGGAACAGCUGAUCCUUAAAGUAAAGGUCAAUAGAUUCAUCCACAAGACUUCAGUGACAACAUCUCUGGUAUCUUUGAACCCCGUAGCUGGCAGAGCUCCGUAAGCAGUCCGAGGAGGUGAACACAGCAGUGGAGGCCGGGGAGGAGACACGCAGGAAACUCCAGAGAGAACUAGACGGCACCAUGCAGAGGGAGAAGCAGAAGGAGGAGGAGAAGGACAGAGUGGAGAGACAGAGAGAAAGACUGCGGGAGGAGAUCGAGGACUUGGCGCUCGCCCUGCAGAGAGAAAGACAGAACUGCAUGGCCCUGGAGAAGAGGCAGAAGAAGUUUGACCAGGUUAGAAAUUUUUACUUUACUUACAUUAGUCUGAAUGAAGACUCUUGAGAUGUCUCAAUCUGACCUUAAACUUUUCUUCCACCUCCUCCAGCUUUUAGCCGAGGAGAAGGCAGUGAGCUCUCGGCUGGCAGAGGAGAGGGACAGAGCAGAGGCAGACAGCCGAGAGAAGGAGACGAGAUGUCUGACACUGACCCGAGCCCUGGAUGUAAGUUCACUGAGAGCAGACUGUGCAGGAGUGUCAGAUAUGUGUGUUUUUUGGUCACGGUGGUGAUUCUGCUCCUGUGUCUGUGUGUAGGAUACCAAUGACCAGAUGCAAGAGCUUGAGAGAUCCAACAAACAGCUCCGCUUGGAAAUGGAACAGCUCGUGAACCAGCAGGAUGACGUUGGCAAGAAUGUAAGAAUCUCAGCCACAAGGGUCUUUGCUAUACUUUUCUUUUUCUCAGGUUUCAGCGAGUCACUGCCUCCUAUCUCCUAUCAGGUCCAUGAGCUCGAGCGAACCAGAAGAUCCUUGGAAACAGAAGCUCAGAGCCUGAGGGUUCAGACACAGGAGCUGGAGGAGGAGCUGUCGGAGGCGGAGAACUCGCGGCUGAGGCUGGAGGUCACCCUGCAGGCGCUCAAGGCCCAGUUCGAGAGAGAGAUCAGCUCAAGUGAGGAGAAGGGAGAGGAGAAGAGGAGGGCGCUCAGCAAACAGGUAGAGAGUGGGAGGAAGAAAUCAUAUACGGUUUUAUUGGUUUUGUUUUUUUCAUCUCACUCAGUCUGUACUUUACCCUCCUUUGUCAGGUGAAAGAGUUGGAGAUCCAGCUCGAGGAGGAGCGGAGUCAGCGCUCACAGGCUAUGUCGUCUAAAAAGCAGCUUGAUGUAGAACUGCAGGACUACGAGGCCCAAGUGGAAACACUGAGCCGGGGCAAAGAGGAGGCUGUGAAGCAAAUGAAAAGGCUGCAGGUAAAAAAAGAUCACGGAAACUUACUGUGAUUAAAAAUACAAACAGCAUUUCAAGAGACACCGUCAAAGUUAAAUAAUAAAUAAAUUGGCUGAAGUUUUUGACAAUGUUUUGCCUCUUGAAAGUCUUUUUCUGUCUGACUGAGAACCUUCACAGACAAAACAUAAAACUGAUCUUCUAAAUUUUAGGGGGAAAACACAUUGAUCUAAAAAAAAACUUGACAUUUUCUUGCAUUUAAAAAUAUAAAUCAUGUCUCACUUUGUCUCACUUUGUCUCAGGGUCAAAUGAAAGAAGCUCUGCGUGAGCUGGAAGAGACCAAGCUGUCUCGAGAGGAGGUGAUCGCACAGAUGAAAGACAACGAUAAGAAGAUCCAGACACUGGAGGCAGAAGUCCUGCAGUACACUGAGGUGCGCUUUACUCCCUGAACCCCUGCUGAAUUAUCUUACGCUCUUUAAAUCGGUUUGGAGUGACGAUUAAACCCUGUUUGUUUGUCCACGCAGGAGCUCGCUGUGUCCGAGAGACAGAAGAGACAGGCCCAACAGGAGAGAGAUGAAAUGGCUGACGAGAUGGUCAACAGCAGCUCUGGAAAGUUAGUAUCACUUUAUUAUUACAUGUUAAUGAUAUUAGUGAGAGUGUGUUGGUUUAUGUGUCUAACAUUGUGUGUUUGUUCAGGAAUGCUCUGUUCGAGGAGAAGAGGAGGUUAGAGGCUCGGGUCAGUCAGCUGGAGGAGGAGCUGGAGGAGGAGCAGACGAACUCUGAGCUGGUAGCAGACAGACAGAGGAAGACUGCUCUGCAGGUACUGUAGCUUGACGGACACUCUCUGUCUCCUCAUGAUCGGUUAGAAGUGAGACAUCUCUGCACUGAAAAAAAAAACGCAGAGUUAACCCUCAAUAACUACAAAUCCUGCUUCAUAGUAUAUCCCCCCCUGCACUCACUCACUUUAAACCCUCUUCACAAACAGCAUGUGGGAAUAAAGUCCUGGUUUCUGCUUUUUGCCGUGCCCCUCAGAUGGAGACCAUGACUGUGCAGCUGCAGGGAGAGAGGACUCUGGCUCAGAAGGCGGAGGCGGCUCGGGAGCAGCUCGACAGGCAGAACAAGGAGCUGAAGGUCCGGCUGGCAGAGAUGGAGGGAGCAGUGAGGGGCAAACACAGACUCAGCGUCGCCGCCCUGGAGGCCAAGAUAGAGUCGAUGGAGGAGCAGAUGGAACAGGAGAGACAGUAAGACAAACACACACAUAUACACACAAAACACUCUCCAGAACGAAACCUGAAUUAUUUAUUACAUCGACUCUCCUCUCUGCACUUGUGAUGAACUCGGUUUAUGUUGCCCCCUGUGGAUAAAGUACCAGACUAAUCCCUUUGCUGUUGUUGUCCUGUGAAUUGUUUCCUGACCGAAAAUCUCAUCCCGUUUUCAGUGAAAUAUAGCAAAUCACUUACUGAAAAUUAAGCUUUAAGUACCUUUUACACAUCGAGUAUUUACACUGUGUGGUCAGUUCCCAGGCCUCACACCUACACCUCACAGUGGUUAAAAAAAGUUAAUAUUGAAACUUUCAAUAUUUUUGUUAAAGAUCUGGUUUCCUUUUUUAGGCCAUCAAAAGAAUCUGUUAAUUUCAGUCUGUUUCUAAACCAGCUAAAAACUCCUCAUAGGAGUUUCAAGUGUUUGAUUCAGAGAAAUUGGAGAAGAGCAGAAGAAUAAAACAAGUUAUUAAGGAAAUGAAACAAUGAGCAGUUAAACCAUAAGGCAUAAAAGUAACACUUCAGAUAUGGUUAAUUCUUUUUUUUUUAUCCAUUUCCCUAAGUAGAUAAAUCAAAGAAACCUUAAAAUUAAAUUCAAGUUGAUUUAAAUUUGUGAAAGUACUCCACACUUUGUUCAAAUCAUGACUUUAUUGAGCUGUUCAGUGUAAUAUCACCUGUCUGCCUCAUCUGAAUUUAAAGAACUGAAACUUCACAUUAAUUUUAGGUCACAAAAAUAAAAAAGACUUAUUUUCUCUUUAUUCACAUCAUUUAGCUUACUCAAUUAUUACAGCACAUACUGCUGAUUAAAUUUACUAUUAAGGAACACUUCGAAUCACGAGAUUUUAAUUGAUUCAAAAUUAAACCAAUCGUCUACAGUCCAUGUACAGCACACCUGGUAGAGUAGAGUUAAAGCAGAGACUCAUGCAGGAUGUGUUCGAUGUUUUUGUGCAACAUAUGGCUAACAGUGAACUUCACUUCCCUUCAGGGAACGAGCGAUUGCCAACAAGCUGGUGAGAAAGACGGAGAAGAAACUGAAGGAGGUGAUGAUGCAGGCAGAAGACGAGAGGAGACAUGCAGACCAGUACAGAGAACAGGUACAAAAACACUCAAUAUAAACCCUGAAGACCCUGAGGAGACACAUGAAGAAGAAGGACAGUGUAAUUUAUAUGAUUUGCUGUCAUCAUGUACCAGUUAGUGCAGCUCUAAUUAUGCCCACGGCCAUUAGAGAGUGUUGAAAAAAUCUGCCUCAAAUGAGUGAUUUUAUGCGGCUCAAUCCAGCCUAAUCCUAAUCCCGCCCUGGCAUCUGUGUGUUCAUUGGUGAGGUAGAACGCAGGCCACACUAGAAAAAAACAAAUCCCUGAACCUCAGCGGAGACACUGACUCUCCUCCCAAAACAUCAUCAGUGAUAAUCUACCAGGUUUAAUCUGACUCCUGAUCCCUAUCAGUCCCACUCAGACUAAUCUCUCUUUUUAUACAUCGCUCUUCUUCUUUCUCUCCUUCCUCCCCUCUUACCGUCCUCCUGCAGCUGGAUAAGUCGAUGGUGCGUCUGAAGCAGCUGAAGAGGCAGCUGGAGGAGGUGGAAGAGGAGAACUCGCGCUCCAACGCUCAGAAGAGGAAGCUGCAGAGGGAGCUGGAGGAGAUCACCGACAGCAGCCAGACCAUGACCAGAGAGAUCACAUCCCUCCGCAACCAGCUCAGGUAACCACAUCUGUGUGUGUGUGAUAAAGUGUGUAACCAUUUGUGUUAAAGUGUGUGUUUGUGUGUGAUUUUAUGUUUCCGUCAUCAUCAUGUGUUGUUGUUUCGUUUUUAACCCACAUUAACUUGAUAUGAUUUGUUUUCCUUUUGCUCUUUUGUUUCUUUCGUUUGUGUUCAUCUAACACUGACAAACUGUCCACCUGUCUCCAUCACAACAACACUCAGCGUCCCAGAGUGGAGGGCAGACCAGUAGGUCACUGUGUGUGUCAUUUUAUUUUAUCAUAUAUGGGUGUUUUUGUGUUUAAAGGUGGAGGUUCAAUGUCAAAUUCACCAAGUAUUUGCAUGUAUGUUGUUGUUAAACUGACAUCUUUAGUGACCUAACCUUUUCCGUUAAGGUUAUUGUUAAAAAGUCCUUGUAACAAACUUCUCAACAGUGAGAAAGACUUGUCUGUUUGACUUUUAUUUUGAUUUAACACAACUAAAAAGUGUUUAAAAGGAAGGUCAAGUUUUAAAUCAUGAUUUCGUGUUAUGUUUGAUCAAACACGAUCAUUUCUAGAAGUCAUUUCGCACCCGACCACUCCACAUCUGGGCGUGCUCUUAGUCGCUCUUUCUCUUGUUGUUCAGGCGUGCGCCAUUGCCCCUGUCGAUGCGUGGACGCAGAGCUCUGGUUGACGACCUCUCGUAUGAGAACUCUGACUCAGAGGAGCCCCCCGCCUCCCCGACCCCCUCCUCCGGACUCCCAGGGACCCCGACUCCCUCCUCUGAACACAGCCUGGACCCUCCACCACCCUACAGCGUCAACAACACCGAGUGA